CCAAAAUUGGCCCCUCCUACUUGCCAUCUCAAACUCCCCCACAUCUUUCCAAUGGCCUAGGCCGGGGUGCCCGUUCGAUCCGACGUGGAGUUUGGAUUAUACAUGGUUUGCAAAUGUUGUCAAUUUAAAAAUGCCCACCCCCGACUUAGCACUAUUCCAUGGCCAUGGAAUCAACUUCGAGUGGACCGCGGAUUGCUAUCAUAGGUGCAGGUGCCGCGGGAUUGGCGACAGGAAUUGCUUUGCGAAGGAAAUUUCCAGCUUUUAGAAACUUCGUAAUAUAUGAGAAAGCUAAUGAAGUUGGUGGAACUUGGCGGGUACGUUUUUUUGGAAAUUCUGACUUUGCGUUUUGUGUUAAUCUCCCUCACUGGAAAGGACAACAUCUACCCUGGCUGUUCGUCGGACGUCGCAGUACACUUUUACUCUCUCUCCACGGACCUAAAUCCGGAUUGGGGUCGUACUCAUGGAUCACAACCCGAGUUGCUCGAAUAUCUGCGUAAUGUGGUCGAUAAAUACGAUUUACGACCGCAUAUCGUUUUCAAUACCCAGGUCGUUUCCGCAGUAUGGAACCAGGAAAGAUCCAAGUACAUCGUCACGACAAAAGCAGCUCCUAAGCACGACACCUCGAGAGUACUUCAGCGAGAGCAAAUACAUGAGCAGCUUGAGAAGGAACACCACCAAACCAUCAGCGAGGUGGAGGUCUUGGUUUCAGCAUUGGGAAUCUUGGAAGUAACACGGUACCCCGAUAUUCCCGGUCUAGGGGAGUUUGGAGGAGAUAUGUUUCACUCCGGCACUUGGAAUCAUGAUGUAGUUCUGAAAGGAAAGAGAGUGGCUGUCGUGGGGAAUGGCACGUCUGGAGCACAGAUUGUCCCAGCCAUAUCUGAGGAUCCGUCUGUGAACGUAGUCAACAUCUGUCGCACACCAGUCUGGUACUUCCCUUUAGCGGAUCAUGCGUAUGGCGCUGUUACAAAAUGGAUAUUUAGAAACAUUCCCCUGUGUUUGCGGUUGCACAGGUGCUACCAUUUUCUGCUUAGUGAACUCCUGUACCUAUUGGUUUUCUCAAAUUCCGGAUUUCGGCCAUUAUUGCGGAUGGUUAUGCUUCUGUACAUGAAAUUUAAAGCCCCCAAAAAGUAUUACAAGUCCAUCGUUCCGAAAUACAGUCCGGGCUGCAAGCGCUUAGUUAUGGAUCGUCCUCAAUUUCUCAAGUCUUUGCAUCGACCUAAUGUCAAUAUGAACUGGGAUGGCAUUGAAAGAAUCACAAAGGACGGUAUUCUUACGAAGAAGGGUGAACAUUUACCUUUCGAUGUUAUCAUAUUCGCGACUGGGUAUAUUGGAGACGACUAUCCCCUGUGCGUCAAGGGUGUCUGUGAGACUGUUCAAGAAUAUUACGCAAGAAAGGGGGGACCUAUGGCUUACUGCGGGACAGUUUUGCCUGGGUUCCCGAACUUCUUUAUGCUUGGUGGUCCCAAUACGGGAACCGGGCAUACAUCUGCAUACUUUACCCAAGAGACGGAGAUCGGCUAUGCGCUCAACUUCAUUCAACUGCUCCUUUCUGGGGCCAUAACGUCGUUUGAAGUUAAAAAUGAGUCUACGGAGGAGUACAACGAACUGAUUCAACGCCGGCUGAAGAACUCGGUGUUUGUCACUUGCGCUUCAUGGUAUCGAAAAGACAAUAACGGGAAGAUAUCGUACAUCUUCCCCGGCUCGGCUACCCGGUUCUGGUGGGGAUUGAGGAAGGUCAACUGGAAACAUUUCAAUGUGACUACGAAGGCAGGAGGAGGACCGUAGUAGAAAUGGUUUGGCAGAACCAGAGUACAUCGAUAUUCAUGAUUCGGGAUUUCGAUUAGCUCAAUUGAGCCCAUUUUAACGUCGUGGUUUCACCUUCCCUGUUCUACCGGCUCCUUAGAGAGUCGAGAUUGCUCUUAGGUUGCAUUGGUAGUUCCGGCAGUUCCGAAUUCUGGGACCAGGCCGUGUAAUCUAUCUACACCGCCAAUAGCUGAAUAGAUAGCCGAC